AAGCGUGCACAGUCCGUGAGGAGAGUGGGAGCUGACAUGAUGUGCUUCAACUCAAUGCAAAAUGAAUGAGCUGCUGUUCUCGGGGGCUUUUCCGCCCCCGUCAUUGAAGUGCAAGUCGUUGAAGUGCAAGUACGCGGCUGCAUCAAGUGCACUUUGCAUCAUCUGGUGCCUAGUUACAUGCUGACGGGGACCAGGCAGAGCACUGAGUUGGGUGCUUGUGUAUGACGUGCUUGGCAUUAAAUUCGUGUUUGCUGCAACAAAAAGAGAGAGAGACUUUGCGUAUGUGGCAAGAGACAAAGACACAAGGAUUCUGAAAUGUCAUGUAUUUCGAUGUGACACACCGGCAAAAGCCAUUGCCACAAGUUUACACGAAAUCUGUUCCAAGAUAAUGGCCGAACGGAAGAAUGCUAAAGCCAUGGCUUGCGGCUCAUUGCAAGGGGGAACAAAUAUCAACCUUGAUGUUCCUCUGCAAGUAGAUUUCCCAACACCAAAGACAGAACUGGUACAGAAGUUCCACGUCCAGUACCUGGGCAUGCUGCCUGUAGCUAAACCUGUGGGAAUGGAUACUCUGAACAGUGCCAUUGAAAGUCUAAUGACUUCCUCUAGCAAAGAAGACUGGAUGCCAGUUACUAUGAAUGUUGCUGAUGCUACUGUCACAGUCAUCAGUGAAAGAAAUGAAGAGGAGAUCAUGGUGGAGUGUCGUGUGCGGUUCCUGUCCUUCAUGGGGGUAGGCAAGGACAUUCACACGUUCGCCUUCAUUAUGGAUACAGGAAACCAGCAUUUUGAGUGCCACGUUUUUUGGUGUGAACCAAAUGCAGGCAAUGUGUCAGAAGCUGUUCAGGCUGCUUGUAUGUUGCGGUAUCAGAAGUGCUUAGUAGCCAGACCUCCCUCACAGAAAGUGCGACCACCCCCACCUCCUGCAGACUCGGUGACCAGAAGAGUUACAACCAACGUAAAACGAGGAGUGUUGUCCCUCAUUGACACUUUGAAACAGAAACGCCCGGUCACUGAGAUGCCAUAGCUGUGCCAGAGAGAAGAGCCUCCUAUCUGUUAGCUGAAGACAACACUAGCUACACUAAGGAAAGUGAACUGACAAUGUCUGGCCUUCCAUUUCAAAUUGCUGAUGCUUUGUCUUCAGAGAAUUUACCCUUAUUGAAGCAAUGUUAGACAAGCAUGUUCUCGUUCUUGCCACCAUCGUGUGAUAAUGAAAAGAAGCAUGAAUAAUUUUUUUGCUGUCAGUGAGUUACACCAUGAACAAUGGAAGGUCUGUUUGAUUGUAAAUACAUGAACGUUACUUACACUCACACAAAAACAAGAAUAUGGCCACGUCCCUCCCAGUGAACUCACGCUAAAGUCCUUGGAGU